AUGGUUUGGCAGUCGGUGCUUUCUGUGUGCACGGGUUUGGCAGUCGGUGGACUGAGUUGUUUUGUCGGUGGAGGCUGUCGGUCUACAAUUGCUUUAAAAAGUGGUGCCUUACGUCAUGAUAUUCAUUAUUGGCUUGGUAAAGAUACUAGCCAGGAUGAAGCUGGUACUGCAGCCAUCAAAACUGUUGAACUGGAUGCGGCCCUUGGAGGGCGUGCAGUACAAUAUCGUGAAGUACAAGGCCACGAAACAGAGAAGUUUCUCUCUUAUUUCAAACCAUGUAUUAUACCUCAAGAAGGUGGAGUGGCAUCUGGAUUCAAGCAUACAGAGGCUGAAGAGCACAAGACCCGUUUGUAUGUUUGCAAAGGAAAGCAUGUUGUUCAUGUGAAAGAGGUUCCUUUUGCUCGAUCCUCACUCAAUCAUGAUGAUAUCUUUAUACUUGAUACAACGUCAAAGAUAUUUCAAUUUAAUGGUUCGAACUCAUCAAUUCAAGAGAGGGCUAAAGCACUAGAAGUUGUCCAGUACGUUAAAGAUACUUAUCAUGAUGGAAAAUGCGAGGUAGCUGCCAUUGAGGAUGGAAAAUUGAUGGCUGAUGCUGAAACUGGAGAAUUCUGGGGUUUCUUUGGUGGCUUUGCUCCACUUCCGAGGAAAACAGCCACUGAUGAGGCUAAAAGUACUGAAGCUCUUCCUACCAGGCUGUUUCGUGUUGAGAAUGGGAAGGCAGACUCUGUUGAGGCCGAUUCUUUGGUGAGGGAGUUGCUGGAUACAAAUAAAUGCUAUCUUUUGGAUUGUGGGGUAGAAGUCUUUGUCUGGAUGGGCAGAAAUACUUCUCUUGAUGUUAGAAAAAGUGCAAGUGGGGCAGCAGAUGAUUUAGUCCGUGGCCUUGAUCGACAAAAAUCUCACAUAAUACGUGUAAUUGAGGGAUUUGAGACGGUGAUGUUCCGAUCAAAGUUUGAUUCAUGGCCUCAGUCAACGGAUGCUGCAGUAUCUGAGGAUGGUAGAGGCAAGGUUGCUGCACUGCUAAAACGCCAAGGUGUUAAUGUGAAGGGUCUAUUGAAAGCAGCUCCUUCAAAGGAAGAACCUCAACCAUAUAUUGACUGCACGGGAAAUCUACAGGUUUGGCGUGUGAAUGGCCAAGGGAAGACUGUUGUUCUGGCCUCUGAUCAGUCAAAAUUUUACAGCGGAGAUUGCUAUGUCUUUCAGUAUUCUUAUGCUGGAGAGGAUAAAGAGGAAUAUCUUAUAGGAACAUGGUUUGGGAAGCAGAGUGUUGAGGAAGAUAGAGCUUCAGCUAUUUCACAGGCAAGCAAGAUGAUUGAGUCGCUGAAGUUUUUACCUGUUCAGGCUCGCAUCUAUGAAGGAAGUGAACCUAUCCAAUUCUUUUCAAUAUUUCAGAGCUUUAUUAUUUUUAAGGGUGGUCUCAGUGAAGGGUACAAGAAAUAUGUGGCAGACAGUGAAGUUCCAGAUGACACUUAUACAGAGAAUGGACUUGCAUUAUUCCGAAUUCAGGGUACUGGACCUGAAUAUAUGCAAGCAAUUCAAGUUGAACCAGUGGCAUCUUCUUUGAAUUCGUCUUACUGUUACAUACUACACAGUGGAUCCUCCGUCUUUAUAUGGUCCGGAAAUCUUACAACCCCAGAGGACCAGGAACUUGUUGAGAGGCAACUGGAUCUGAUAAAGCCCAAUAUGCAGUCGAAACUACAAAAAGAAGGCGCAGAAUCUGAACAAUUUUGGGAAUUGUUAGGCGGAAAAUCUGAAUACCCCAGCCAGAAGAUUACUAGGGAUGCUGAACGAGAUCCUCAUUUGUUCUCAUGCACUUUCUUAAAGGGAGACCUGAAGGUGGCAUCUUCUUUGAAUUCGUCUUACUGUUACAUACUACACAGUGGAUCCUCCGUCUUUAUAUGGUCCGGAAAUCUUACAACCCCAGAGGACCAGGAACUUGUUGAGAGGCAACUGGAUCUGAUAAAGCCCAAUAUGCAGUCGAAACUACAAAAAGAAGGCGCAGAAUCUGAACAAUUUUGGGAAUUGUUAGGCGGAAAAUCUGAAUACCCCAGCCAGAAGAUUACUAGGGAUGCUGAACGAGAUCCUCAUUUGUUCUCAUGCACUUUCUUAAAGGGAGACCUGAAGGUUACAGAGAUAUACAACUUCAACCAGGAUGAUUUGAUGACUGAAGAUAUAUUCGUCCUGGAUUGUCACUCAAAUAUCUUUGUCUGGGUGGGGCAACAGGUUGACGACAAAAGUAGAAUGCAUGCGAUAACUAUUGGGGAGAAAUAUCUUGAACAUGAUUUUCUUCUGGAGAAUUCAUCUUGUCAAGCUCCAAUAUACAUUGUUAUGGAAGGGAGUGAGCCGCCUUUCUUUACACGUUUUUUCACAUGGGACUCUACAAAAUCUGCAAUGCAUGGAAACUCAUUCCAAAGGAAGCUUGCUACAGUUAGGAAUGGUGGAACUCCAUCUCUGGAUGUAAGUGUCUAA